AUGAAGAUAGAAGAAUUGCCGGUAGAUGUAUGGUGUAGGAUCAUCGAGAUUGGGCACUUGGAUCCUCAAGAUGUGAUCAAUUUAAACUGUACAAGCCAGCUGAUCCGAUCGGUGUUAUCCUCAUCAAACGGUGUCAUUUGGAACACCCUCUGUUAUAAGACCUGGGAACACAUGUACGAUGACUAUGAGAUGGCUUACUAUCCAUUGAACCAAUAUUCUGGGUUUGAAAGAUGUAGAGAAUAUAUGAAGAGGAGAAUGGAAUUUUCUUAUCAUCUAUCACUUUAUGACCCUGAACAUAAAUAUAACAUUGCCAUCUUUCUAGAUAGAUUCAGAAAUCCUGUCUAUAUCCCCAUAAUCCUUGAAUACAUUGAUGAAUGCCGCAUGCAAUGGGGGGUUCUUGAUGCUGGAAUGGACGACUUUGAAAGUACUCCUGACAUUAAUCUUGAUCUUGCAAAGAUAUCAUUAGCACAGAAUAUCCUACUUGCCCUAAACUUCAAUCAAGUAGUAUCCUUUUUGCUCGAGUUUUCCACUCGAAAGCUGGAUAAUUCAGGUACUCCUCCUCCAUUAGACCAAUAUGAAAUGUUUUGGUUCAAAAUUAGUCUUUAUGAUCGCUCAUGUAACCAGUUAUUGCACCGUAGACGAACCAUGUUGAAUGAAAUUGCCACGAACUUACAUCAAAAGAUUUAUGUUAAAGAGUUACUCUAUGGAACAGGGAAUUGCAAAUUGGAUCAAUCUACAAAUACUAUACAUUUGAUUGAUACAAAGGCAUAUGUAAGACUUAUCAAGAAAAUAAUAGCCGCUUCGAUGGCUGGUGGGAGAUUCCAACUACACAUUGAGAAUGAGCUGCUGCAGACACUGCCUUAUACCACAGAAUAUCUUCGAGACUACUACUUAGAGGAUUACAAUGUCCUCCGAAUAUACGCAGGGGAGGUCAUGGGUCAUCCGCAACUCAUAUAUUCGAUUCUUAUCAAGGUGAUAACUAAGUUUCUUUCACCGUUCAAAAUCUUAAUUGACGGUCAACAGGAUGACAUUUCAAAGAGUAUCUACAUGACCAAAACCUUCUUACAAAUAAAGGAUAAAUAUUUGUUUAUACCAGAUAAGGCUCAACGGACACAAACGGUGGAAUUGCAUACCCGCCGAGAAUUGGAGACCUAUUUAAACAACAAUAGUAGUAACAACCACACUCUGGCUGGUUCCGAGUACCUUCAAUCUUUUUUCAAUCCACUCAGUCUUGAACUCAUGGCUGGCGUAUACGUACAGCUGAAUAUGCUGGGUCACGAGACUUCGUUUACCUCUAUAUUUGGCCGGCAUGAGCUUGGCACUUCUGGAGACAAUAUGACCCUCAUGAACAUAUGGUUCAAACAUUCACAUCAAGGUAUGCUCACUGAUGAUCAUAAGUUCUUUUCUGACGUGUAUAAAUUAGUCAAACUGGAACGAGAACAAAUCCAAGGAUAUCGACAAUUCAUGGAAGUUUCUGAAUUUGAGGUACAUUUCAAUCACCUCAACAAUUUUAUUCAUUUCAAUGGACUCUACCGAUCUUUGUAUCACUUGGGCCCUACAGGAACACUUCCUGGUGGUGUAUUGGGCCGUUACUUCAAGGUGAAAAAUGAUCAGGCCCCAUUUACUAGUACUUUCGACUUGCAUAAUGAGGUAAAUUCUCGUAUUGCAUGGGGUAGAAUCUUUCAGAAUUCGAGGGUUAAAAGAGUAGAAAUUGAGCCAGUUCCCACAUUACCUGCGAGAGGAUCAUUUGUAUAUAAUACUCGGUUUCUCGUAUAUGGGGUCGUGGUUGGCCAUGUAGCACCACGAGUAUCAGGGGGCGAUGCAUACGUCAAGGUUUAUACUAAUGCAAGAACGCUUGAGAUCCAUAGUGAACGGUCAAUAGUUAAAAUUGAUGGUAGGAACGAUCUUAUACGAGAAUUUAUAGAAUGUUGUGGGAUGGAUGUGCUAGGAUUACUUUUUGUUAAGGGAUACAAUGGGAAUGAGUUUGAAAUGAUGGGAUAUGGAGUAUGA